CUGCGCCGUCGGUUGCCGUGGAGACCACGGCUAUGGCAACUAGAAGAAGCCAAACUUAGUCGUUCCUCUCGAACCGCGGAGAGGUCCCCAGCGCGCUGGGCGACUCCGCGGGGGGCUCAUGGCGCUCUACGAGCUCUACUCUCACCCGGCCGAGCGCGGUUACCGCGCGGGGCUCUGCUCUAAGGCCGCGCUGUUCCUGCUGCUGGCCGCCGCGCUCACCUACAUCCCGCCGCUGCUAGUGGCCUUCCGGAGCCACGGGUUUUGGCUGAAGCGGAGCAGCUACGAGGAGCAGCCGACUGUGCACUUCCAGCACCAGGUGCUGCUCGUGGCCCUGCUGGGAUCCGAGCGCGACGGCUUUCUCGCCUGGAGCACGUUCCCCGCCUUCAACCGGCUGCAGGGGGAUCACCUGCGCGUCCCGCUCGUUUCGACUAGAGAAGAAGACAGAAACCAGGAUGGGAAGAUGGACGUGUUACAUUUUAAACUGGAGCUACCCCUGCAGUCCACGGAGCACGUUGUUGCUGUGCAGCUCAUCUUGACUUUCUCCUACCAAUUGCACAGGAUGUCAACAUUCGUGAUGCAGAGCAUGGCAUUUCUCCAAUCCUCCUUCGCUGUUCCAGGGUCCCAGUUAUAUGUGAACGGAGACCUGAGGCUGCAGCAGAAGCAGCCUCUACACUAUGGUGGCCUAGAUGUUCGAUACAAUGUGUCGGUAAUCAACGGGACCAGCCCUUUUGCCUGUGACUAUGACCUCACCCACAUCAUUGCUGCUUACCAGGCAAGGAAUGUAACCACCAUCCUGACUGACGCCAACCCCAUCUGGCUGGUGGGAAGGGCUGCUGAAGCUCCGUUUGUGAUUAAUGCUGUCAUUCGUUAUCCCGCGGAAGUCAUUUCUUAUCUACCAGGAUUCUGGGAAAUGAUCAAGUUUGCCUGGAUCCAAUAUGUCAGUAUCCUGCUUAUCUUCCUCUGGGUAUUUGAAAGAAUCAAAAGAUUUGUGUUUCAAAAUCAGGUGGUCACCACGGUCCCUGUAACAGCAAUGCCCCAGGGAGAACUGUAUAAGGAGCACUUAUCUUAAGAAGAUCAUUUCUAGGGCUGGCCCCGUGGCCGACUGGUUGAGUUUGUGUGCCCCGCUGCGGCAGCCCGGGGUUUCGCCGGUUCGGAUUCUGGGCGCAGAUGUGCACCGCUGG